AAACAAACCUUUCUUACCUCGCUGUCAGCCGGUCGGUCUUCGUCCCACACGCUCCUCGGCGACACAGAUAAAUAUUAAGGAAGAGAGAGAGAGAGAGAGAUCACACAAGUAACAGAAAAGGAGUUAGAAAAGCCAUUGUAAGAGAUAAAAAUUUGUUUAUCUAAGAGGACACGGACACAUACUCAGGAAAAGGGAGAGAAAUAAGAACACACAGGGAGGAAGAAGAGCCAUUACAGCAGUGGAAAUUUCCUUAACUAAGAAGACACAGACACAUACUCAGGAAAAGGGAGAGAAAUAAGAACACACAGGGAGGAAGAAGAGCCAUCACAGAAGUGGAAAUUCCCUUAACUAAGAAGACACGGACACAUACUCGGGAAAAGAGAGAAAUAAAAGUCCUAAGUAACAGAGAGGGAGGAAGAAAAACCAUUGUAAAAGGUGAACAUUCCCUUAACUUGUUAAUUUGAUGUGAUCUGAUCCUAGGCUGCCUAACGACAAGUUACCAGAUGCAGGCGGAUGCAGACCACCCUGAAGAAAAGUUACCAGAGAUGCACGCAGACACAGGCCACCCCGAAGAGGAGACGCCCAGUGAAAAGUGGGGCUUUGACUUGUACCCUGAGAGACGAGGAGCAAAGUACAAGCCGUCCUUGACAAAGAUCGCUUUCCUGGGGGAGGGCCGGGAGAACUCAGACAAGUUCAAGUGUGAGAAGAAUGUGUGGAACUGUGCACAGACAAGUCCUCUUGUGAAGUUGAUGCUGUCUGCCCUGAAGUCCUCUGGCUGUGAAGUGGAUCUGACAAGACAUGUGUCCUGCGAGGUGUGUGAUGUGUCGGUCAGCGGCGGAUAUGAUUCAGAGUUAAACCAGAUUGUGGUUUGCCAGAAUGUCGCUCGCUCAGAGGGACUCACGCAGGGGGUCAUGACACACGAGCUGAUCCACAUGUUCGACUACUGCCGGAACAAGCUUGACUUCAAGAACAUCGACCACCUGGCUUGCACGGAGGUCAGGGCAGCCAACCUUGCCCACUGCUCCUUCCUGUCGGCCUGUACGCAGGGGGAUGCCUCACCCUUCAAUAUUGCCAAGGCCCAUCAAAACUGUGUCAAAACCAAGGCCUUGUACUCAGUGGUCUCAGCCCGCAAGGUGAGCAAAGAGGAGGCAGAGGCGGCGGUGGACCGAGUGUUUGACCGCUGCUACAACGACCUUGAGCCUAUUGGCCGCCGCCUCCGUAGAAACUCUCUGGACAUGCACAAGGCCUAUAAGGAGCGGUUUGUAUAUGGCUAUGACUAAAGGGAAGGGAUUAAGGUAGUGGAGUGAAAAUAAAAUGUUGAUAUUCUCUUCUUUUUCUUUUUUUUUUAUUUAUGAUAUUAGCAAUGCAUGUGUGUGUGUGUGUGUGUGUGUGUGUGUGAGAGAGAGAGAUUUUGAAAUUACAAAUUUCAAUUAUUAAGUGAAAAGAACUGUUGUGACUUAGCAGUUGUAAAUAUACCCUUGUGUAAAUAAUAGUCAUUGUAGUCCAUGGUAUAAGUUCUGUAUUUUUAGAAGCCAAUAGGUAUCUUAUAUUUUGUGAAUAAAUAUGGAUUGAUUGA